CAGAAGUGGUCCAGUCUCUGCACCGCCUCCCGGUGCUUGCUGUGCAAACCUUGGCUGCCUAAGCAGGACGCUCGUGCGGAAGAAGGGCGGUGGAGCCAUGCCAUGCAGCUCCGCAAGGACGCCACUGGGCACAGCCCGCUGGCCUUAGUGUCCAUUAUCCUCCCAGUGCACAAUGCCGAACAGUGGUUGGAUGAGUGCUUGGCGUCUGUUUUACAGCAAGACUUUGAAGGCACCAUGGAGCUCUCUGUUUUUAAUGAUGCCAGCAAGGACAAGUCUAGGAUCAUCAUUGAAAAAUGGAAGGGGAAACUGGAAGAUUCUGGCAUCUCUGUAGUCAUUGGAGGCCAUGACUCUCAUUCUCCCAGAGGAGUUGGAUAUUCUAAAAACCAAGCAAUCGCACAGAGCACAGGGUCUUACCUUUGUUUUUUGGAUUCAGAUGAUGUUAUGAUGCCCCAGAGAGUGAGGCUGCAACAUGAAGCUGCUGUUCAGCACCCAACAAGCAUCAUAGGAUGCCAAGUGAAGAGAGACCCUCCAGACUCUACAGAGCGAUACACACGUUGGAUCAACCAGUUGACGUCUGAUCAGCUAUUGACACAGGUGUUCACCUCCCACGGCCCCACAGUGAUCAUGCCAACGUGGUUCUGCUCUCGGGCCUGGUUUUCCCAUGUUGGCCCAUUUGAUGAAGGAGGACGGGGGGUACCAGAGGACCUGUUGUUCUUCUAUGAGCACCUUAGGAAAGGGGGUGGCGUCUUCCGGGUGGACCACAGCCUGCUUCUCUACCGCUACCACUUGCAUGCAGCCACACAUUCAGUUCUUGAGAUGACCAUCUGGACCCAUCGUGUCCACUUCCUAGAGGAACAAGUCCUACCUCAUUGGAAGUCCUUCACCAUUUGGAAUGCAGGCAAGCAGGGACGUAGGUUGUACCGCAGCCUGACUGCAGCCAGCCGGCGCAAGGUGGUGUCCUUCUGUGAUGUUGAUGAGAACAAGAUCAGGAAGGGUUUCUACUGCCAUGAGGACUCUCAGGAAAGACCCAAGCCGAAGGUCCCCAUCCUGCAUUUCCAAGCUGCCCAGUCGCCCUUUGUCAUCUGUGUGAAGCUGGGUUUUUCUAUGUAGUCCUGGAACUCACUAUGCAGACCAGACUGGCAUCAGAGAUCUGCCUGCCUCUAGUGGAAUUAAAGGUGUGCACAACACUCCUGGCUACCCAGAGUUUCUUGCAUGCAACAUCCCCAGUCCUGUUACUUUCCCUUUGGAAACUGUUCUUUUAUAUUGGUUCUAGAAUUGUGGGCAGUGACUUGGUUCUACUGUCUUGUUGAUAGGCUUCUCUCCCUGUUUGUGGACAUCAAUUUCAUCCUUAGAGAGUGUAUCUUCCUGUCACAGCAUUUGCUUGUUAGCGUCAGUUUACCUAGGCUUUUAACAUAGGAGUUCUGGGGGCGCACUGGAUGUUUCCUCUUCACCCAAUGCAGUAAAAAAGCCAGAGCACCUUCCUGUGAGGACAGUUUUUCCAUCUAUCAGUGCUGAGGGCACAGCUCUUGUAGGGUCCCAGUUUUAUUAUCUACUCCACGCUUCUACCCAAACCUCAUUACUAGACCUAGGAACAUGGCCUUGGGCACAGUGCCCUUAGCUGCUUUCUUCCUGCUCCUCAGCUCACAGGGUUCACAGCAGGCCAGGUAUGCACUCCUCUGUGAGCACAUACACCUAACUGGCCUCCUGCCUAAGCAUGCCCCUUUACACACACACAUACACACACAAGUUGCUAUUUGCUGAGCCUGUCCUCCUAGCACCCAGCAUUGCUAACCUGAUGGACUGUCCUGGCCACCCCAGCUGUCAUGCUGCCUUAAGUGAGGGCUCCCUCUAAGUAAUUCGUGGAAACCCCUCCAGGCACCCAGUGGGAACAGUUGUCUGUGGAUGGGAUCUGCAUGCAGAGGUGGCUGGCCAGGACAAAAUCCUUUACUUCGAUCAUUAAAUCUCAAGAAUGUCAUCAAGAUAUGACAGCGAAGCCUAUCUCAUCAGGUUAUCUCAGCUAGGCUUUCUUCUGCUCAUGAACAGGAAAUUCUAAGUCUAGGAGAGAUGUAUGCAAGGCUGGAAUGAAGUAUGAGCCAGGCCUCAGGUGGAGGUCCCUGGCACCAGGUCAGCACAACAAACCUCCUGCAGACCCAGGCCUAGAAAGUGACUCUCAGUAAAGGGAGCAGCCUAUGUGUUAUUAAGUCCAGCUCCAUGAGAUGCAGGCUGUUAAAUGAGUGAACACAGACUACUACAGGCCUUGGCUUGUGGGCCUGGCCACUUCACCUUUGUAAGAGCAGUUAUCAGUUCUGUCCCAGCUAUGUGUUCAGCCUCAACUCUGUAGAGAUGAGAGGCACCCCUUUCGUCUGGGGCUGAAGCUUAAUGAGCAAUGCCAGCAGUCCUUGCCAGGCCUGGGAUACAGAGAGUUCGAACAGGCAGGCACAGGGCUACCACAGCAGGACAGGUAGGCAUGCAGGCCCUGGGACAGGAAGUGCAGAGGAUCCAGGCCUCAGGCUGGAUUCUGAUGAUCUCUUGCUCAGACCUUUGUAGUGUGGCUGGUGAUUUGACUGGCUUAGCAUGUGGGAGGGGAGCUGCCUGCCACUGCAUUUGCCCAGCACUUCACAUUCUCUACCAGAGUGUGAGACACCCGUCAUGCUACACAAAUCACUCUGUGCCUAAAACACAGCAAAGCACUGGGAGUGGAGCCCAUGGUGGAUCUUCACGUAAGUCCCAGAAAUAGACAGAGGCUGGGCUGUAUGGUACAUGAUUUAAUAGAAAGCACAUCGCGUUAGAACAGCAAGAGUACGGACAGUCCAGGCCACCAGAGCACAGCAUGCAUGAAGAGUUACUGCUCUCUGUGGAUGGCUUCCCAAUCCAUCUAGCAGCAUGUGCCACCUUUCUCAGAAGUCUGUGGCACCAAGUUUCCAUGAUGGUAAAGCUUGUUGUAGAGCCUGAGGGCAGGACAUCCCAGCUAGGUAGGCAAUGAAUGGCUCAGCUUCCAGGAGCAGGCUGUAAAGACACAUAGCAAUGUCAGGCUGAUCCCCACCCCACCCUCUCUGAUGUAUGGCUAAAGACUGCCAUGUCCUAGGACCCUGGCAGGUUGAAGUGUGUAGUGAUAGCUCUGGUGGCCUCAUGAGAGUAGGCUGCUAAACUGUUUACAUUCUGAAAACAUAUGUUCAAAGUUUUCCUAACAAUGUAAAGGGCAUAGCUGAAAACUCAAGUUCACUCUCCACAUAGGAGACUGAGACUACACUGGCUCCAUCUGUUGCCACCACUCCUAAAGCCAUUCAAGCAACCAGGCCACUGCCUGUGUGUCUUAUGAUGGCUCCUGCAAGGGGGAGGCCCUGGGAGCACUUGGGCACCCAGACCCAGUAUAGCACACACAGGAGAGAAAAAGAACAAAAUCUUCCCUAACAUGACAGGGAGUGACAGGAGCUCAGAGUUUAAAGCUAGAUCAUCAAAGCAAAGAAAACUGAGGAAAAACAGGAGCUGACCAUCAAGACCAUAUCAGCUAAAUACCACAGCCCCAGGGUUAGGACAGGCCAGUUUCAGACAGGGCUCUGCAGCUAGAGGUCAAGGCCAGGGAUAAGGCAAUGUGUCAAGAAAGAGUGCUGGCCCCAGGGUAACCAGGGACAGAAGAACAGAACAGUGACACAAGUUAACAGGAUAGGAAAUGAAAUCCAGAUAAGGGAAAAAGAAACAUUAAACAGGAAGGUCAAACAGGAAACAAAGAUAUGAAUGUAAACUUUUCAGUAAUUAUACAGUAAACAUGAAUGCAUGAAACACUAAUUUAAUAAAGAUUUUUAAAUGAUGGUAAGGCAUAAUCUUGACUAUACUGUUCAUAGACAUUGAAAGUAUGACAGGAAACAUGCUAACCUGAUGUCACCACACUCACAGUGGGCAAAGGAGAUGUCAAGAGUAGAAAUACCUAGUAACCCAGCUUCAAAAUGCAUCCCCCAAAGGUCAAACAUAAUUAAAGGACAUUUGAGACAAAUGUAAAACACUACUUUCUCAGUAACUGAUGCAGUAAAGUGACUUAAAAAUAUGUACUAAUGCUUUUGGGCUGGUGUGGCAUCAUUAACACCGUGACUUAGCUCAUGCACAGGGCAGCAGAGUCUGUCUGAGGUCUCACUCUACUCUAUACAGAAAAAGUUGCACAACUGAAAAAAGUCUUUUUUCAGAAUUUCAGAGAACUCAGAUCUCCAUCCUGAAACUGGAGAUACAACAUAUGAGACACACAGCCUAGCAAAACCCACCAAAAGGCCCAUGUGUACCUGCAUCAGCUGAGAAUACCAGCCAUGGGGACCUGCAAGGUUCACCUCAUGAGAUCUGAAAAACAUUCACUCAGACCCAGCAAGGUGGGAAAGAAUCACCUGUCAGGCACACCAGAACCAUGUCUUCUAGGGAAGGAUGCAGGUCAGAUGAACUAUGCUAACAGUACUAGGAAGGCUAUAGGUCAGGCCAAGCCCAAGGUUGGAGACCUGCUGGCUGAUUGGAAUGUUCCUCUGUCCCUGACUCACCUGGGACUUCAGCAUGAGGCUGGGCUUCUGAAGGGCUUAGGUUCUAUUAGGGCAGGGAGCCCAAGGUCAAGAGUGAAAACAAAUAUAGAAACCCUGAGGCCUAUAUCACAGUCAACAUCCAACAGCAGCUUCCAGCCAGAAAAGCAAGUCCAUAUACUGUUGUCCAUUAAUCAGCAUGACUAGUUCUUAGGAAAGACACACACAUACAUACACACGCACGCACGCACGC